GCGCGUUCACGCAAAAGAGCCGUUAAAUCCGCGUGCAUUACCUGAGUGACUGCCAACAGUGGAUAUUAAACAAGAACUUUUAAAAUUGUCAGCAUUUCUCUACUUUAAGAAGAUGUCUGACGCUAAUUCAAAGGUGACAUUUUCUGAAGACUUUAAUCGCGAGAGUUUACAGCUCAACCAACAUUUGGAGAAAAUGACUGAGGAAAUGGAGAACAUUUCAGUGAAGUUGACAUGCAUGGCCUAUGAUAUGGUCGUCCUGCGCACCAGCCCUGAUCUUUCUGAAUCUAUGAGUCGUCUUGAGGAUGAGUUCCUAAAAUGCAAAGCUGUUAUCUGUGGCCCUACAGUUGGAAAAGAUCAAGAAUUUCACCCUGUUGCUGAAGACCAGAAUAACACUCAACAAUAGA